AUGCCAGGGGCAGGAACGCAGUGUAAAGAAGUUCAUGAUCCCGAUGAUAAAUGGAUCGUUGAUAUUGAGACGGUGCUGGGAUGCGUAGAAGACGAUAAAGUAAAGACAGGCAGCAUUUGCAGGGUUCCAGAGAAAAUUCGACCAGCCGAAGACCAAGGGUAUAGUUACAGGCCUCAGCUCGUUGCCAUGGGACCCUUCCACAGGGGCACCAGCAACGACCUGCAAAUCCAUGAAUUGACCAAAUGGCAGUUCAUGCGCUCUCUUCUUGCGGUUCGAACGCAGAACAAUUCGUUGAGCGUUGAAAGAUGCAGUAAGGCCGUGAAAGGCAGAGGGAGCAUAAUUCGAGCGAGCUAUGGGGAGAAAAUAGAAAUGGGAGAAGAGGAGUUUGCCAGAAUGAUGUUACUUGAUGGUUGCUUUCUCUUAGAGCUUCUGCUUAGGCUCACUGAGCCUAAGGAACCUGUUGAACAGAAAUAUGUGUUACAAUUUCUCACAGAUCUCACGCUGCUCGAGAACCAAAUCCCUUUUAUCGUUCUCUCAACUUUGUCCUCAACACUUCUCAAACUUCCGGAUGCUGCUCAGCGACCCGGACUACCCGACCCUCAGCAUGCACUUUCUCAUCACCUUUUCAAUGAGUUCAAACUUUCUCCGGAAAAUAUUGCCAAGUCACUCCUUGAAUGCAACGAUGCCCGCGCUGACUUCUCCAAAGGUGUUUAUCAUUUCCUUCAUCUCAUCCACUUGUGCUCCCCUGAUCCCUAUCCGGAAGAGGAACGCAGGAAACAUCCACGAAAACUGCAGCGCUGCGCUAGAAAGCUCCAAGCUUUGGGAAUCACAAUUAAGGCCAAGGCUAAACAAACUACCGAUGCUCAAGGCGAUGACGAGUCGGAAGAAAAUGCGGCUUCUGUGCUAAGGAAAUUCAUGGACAAGUUCGAAUUCAAAAUAGAAUUUAAUGAGAGGAAGCGAGAACUGAUCAUCCCGACGCUGCACAUAAAAGAAGCAACAGAAGUGAAAUGGAGGAACUUGAUUGCUUGGGAGCAAAUCGGGUUGACUGAAAUCGGCUACAAAUUCACCUCCUACGCUUAUUUUUUCAAAGGUUUGGUCUGUUCUGUUCAUGACCUCAAACUGCUUGAACACAAAGGAGUCAUAAAAGUGCAAAACGAGGUCAUCAAGGACAAGGAUUUGGUGAAGAUGUUCCGAAGCAUCACAACCGGGGAGGAAAAAAUGGAUGGGAGAUACAGAAAAGUAUGUAAGAGAUUGAACAAAGCGAAGGUGAAUGGAUGUUGUGUCAUUUUCAAAAUGCCGGGGCAUUAUUUGUGGCGAUUUCUGGAAUGGCUUCGACACAGACUAUCAACAACCUAUCUUGGCGCGCUCCAACGUACCUAUUUGAAGGCUCCAUGGAAGAUCGUCGGAGUUGUUUACGGCACAAUUCUGCUUAUUCUCACUGUUAUGCAGGUCGUUUAUGCAGCACGUGGCCAGUGA